CGGUAGUUUCUGUGGCAGCAGUCGGAAGUGAAGCGGCAGCGUAAACAUGGCUGACAGUGGAGACACAGAUGGUGCUAUCAAGAAAGAUGAUAUUGAACGAGCAAAGACUGAAGGCAAAGAGCUGACCAAAGAGGAGAAGCAGCGGCUGAGAAAAGAGAAGAAACAGCAGAAGAAAAGCAAAGAAAAGAAAGAAGAUAAAUCUUCACAGGAAGGGGGGAAAGAAAAGAAGAAUGUCACUUCAGAUCCCCCAUCAACCCAGCCCACAUCACAACCCACACCACAAAAAGGUGACUUUUCUCCUUCAGCGGUGCCUGCUCCAGUCCCUGUGCCUGCAUCAGAAACUCCCGCCCCAGCAGAUAAGCCAGCUAAGAGUAAAGCCGAGUUAAAAGCUGAGAGGAGAGCUCGACAAGAAGCUGAGAGGGCCUCCAAACAGGGCAAGAAGGGAGACGCAGGACAACAGGCAGCCACAGGGAAAUCUAAAGCACCGCCUAAUGAGCUGCAGCCAGUGGUGAAGAGACUUCCAGAACAUGUACAGGUGGACAACCCGGAGGUUUUAAAGAAACUGGCAAAGAAACUGGAAAGACAACAGAUUCCGCUCCGGUCAGACUACGGCUACAAAGUCAGCCUGUUUUCUCAUCUCCACCAGUACAGCCGUAAAGCUCCUCUAACACAGCAACUUGGCAUUCCCUCCACAGUGAUUCAUCCUGCUAUCGUUCGACUGGGUCUCCAGUACUCACAGGGAAUAGUGGCAGGGUCUAACGCUCGCUCUAUUGCUCUCCUGCAUGCCUUCAAACAGGUAAUAAGGGACUAUACCACACCUCCAAAUGAGGAGCUGUCAAGAGACUUGGUCAACAAAUUGAAACCUUAUAUCAGUUUUCUGAAUCAAUGUCGCCCUCUGUCAGCCAGCAUGGGUAAUGCAAUCAAAUACAUCAAGAAAGAGAUCUCCAAUAUCCCCAGUCAGUGCAAAGAAGAAGAGGCUAAAAGCAAACUGCUGAACUGUAUCGAGUGCUACAUUAAUGAGAAGAUCAUUCUUGCUGCUAAAGCUAUUGCCAAGUCCUCCAUAGAAAAGAUCAGUGAUGGGGAUGUCAUUCUAAUUUAUGGAUGCUCCUCACUGGUCAACCACAUUUUGUUCGAGGCCUUUGAGAAGAACAGGAAGUUUCGGGUCAUCGUGGUGGACAGCAGACCUCGACUGGAGGGCCGGGAGGCUCUGAGGCGUCUCGUCCAGAAAGGAAUUAGCUGCACCUACGUCCUUAUCUCAGCUGUGUCCUACAUCCUUCCAGAGGUAUCGAAGGUGUUCCUUGGUGCGCACGCCCUGCUGGCCAAUGGCUAUGUCAUGUCUCGUGUAGGGACGUCGCAGAUAGCUCUGGUGGCCAAAGCCUUUAACGUGCCUGUGCUGGUGUGUUGUGAGACUUAUAAGUUUUGCGAGAGGGUGCAGACAGACUCUUUUGUGUCUAAUGAACUAGAUGACCCUGAUGACCUUAUCGUGACGCGGAAAGGGAAAACCCAGCUCGAGCACUGGCAACAGGUGCCCUCACUUGGCCUACUCAACCUGGUCUAUGACGUGACACCGCCUGAUUUUGUAGACCUAGUUAUCACAGAUCUGGGAAUGAUCCCGUGCACUUCGGUCCCGGUGGUCCUGCGGGUCAAAAACGUGGACCAGUGAACGAUCUUCUCAUUCCGGCCUGAGCCUGAAGGCUGUUUCUCUGUCGCCACGGAGGAGUCUGUGCGCUUGAUUGCACGCACACAACACAAAAUAUUGUGCUUUGAGCAUGCAAUAAAUAUAUAUCUGAAAUGGCAUAAGCUUUUUAAA